GCCAACUGCGGGGAGAAAGGACACAACAAGGGAUCUUUAAAUCUACGCAAACGCCCGCAAAAGUACCAAAAUUGGACUUAAUUAUACAUAAACGACUCUACUGGAAGUACAGAAGGAAGUAACAGAGGCUAUUUUGUAUUUUUAAGCACGUUACGUAUGCAAUAAACGGCUCCAGUUGUUCUUCACACAUUGUUAUCAUCAUGGACUCUUCUCCAGUCCUUCGUCCGCAAAGUCAGAACAAAAUACACAGUAAUCUAAUGAGAACAAAGAAUGAACAUAACAAAAUGCCAGCACACCCAAAGCCCUUCAAACCGCUCUCCGCACCUCACCUUGCAAACCAGAAUAUUGAGAACCAGGAUCCAGGAAACGUAGAAAUAGUUAGGAAGGCGCCUGUGCGACUGGGUGUAAGUCGGCUCCCGGUGCUUGCAAAGUCCCUUCAUCUCCAGACUCCGUCUGACUUCAGUCAGUCUCACUGCAGAUGGGAGGAGAAACCUUUGGCUGGGAAAACCAAGAAUAAAAAGCCAUGCACCAGGCCUGUACCUUUCAACCUGUCUCAGCCCAAGAGCUUAAGAGUAGCCACUGAACAUCAGCAGCCCCUCACCGUUUCAAAAUCAAGGACUGGCACUCACGCUGUCCAACCUGACAGGAAUGUAUGCAAUGCUCGUCUAAAAACCCAAAACAUAACUGCAAAACCGACUAAAAAUCCAGCUAUGUUAAACCGCAAUGUGGACUCAACUGAUGGCACAGGGAAGUCAAAUGAAAAGGUACCAGAGGAUACAUCCAAGCUAUCAGGGCAGUCUGGGCCUUCCAACACAUUUAAGACUUCAGCCACUUUGUCCAAUUCUUUAUCAUCUGUUCCUAAUAAUGUCAUGCAUCAGACCAGCACCGCUCCUUCUGCACAGCCUGCUGUUAAUGCAGACGCCUUUUUGGAUAACAUGAGCCUGCUUAGUCUCAAAGAUCCAGCCAAGACAUCCCAGGCUAGCCAAAACAUGCAACUGACAACACAGGGCAAUUCAACCGACAAAGGGGAGAACUUCCAGUCUGAUCACGCGGCUUUGCUCAGUAUCCUCCGCAACGAAGGAGUAAGUGCUACAGGUCUGGGGUCUGCGACUCCACACUCCAAAGCCUAUAACUAUCUGCCCCAGCGAGUGUCUAUCAUGAAGAGUCGGCAGAAAGCUAGACCCACCACAGGAUCAAUAAAGUCGGUGCAGUUCUCGCCGGACCCCGCUGCGCUGCAAAGCAUCCUGCAGAACGAGGGAGUGAAGUGUGGAGGGCCUGUGGGUGCCACACCCCGAACCUCUGUCUGUCCCUCAGGCAGAGGCACUUCUAUCUACACAGCUCAGAGAGUGCCGGUCAGAAAGAAUCCUGCAGAGGCGAACGGAGGAGCAAUAGCAAUAGCACUCAGAGAGAGUCCGCUGAAGAAAUGGACUCCACAGAGGGUCCGCAACACCAGGCAUCAGCCGCUGUCUGCCAUGAAAUGGCAUCUGUCGACACAAAAGUCACCCUACGCUGGCACUCCCGGGCUGCGGAGCUGCAAAACCAACCUUCAGCUGCACCAGGAGCAGACAAUUGUCCAGAGAUUAUUUGACGAUCAGGAAGACGAGCAUUGCACGAAUGUGAUGGACAAAGAUCCUGAGACGCGACCAGAGCAGCUCCAAGCUCCAGCCACAACUACUAAAUCCCACUGUCAAGAAAAGGUAGAGCUGAGCAGGUCAAACAGUGAUGAGGAUAAAGAGGAGAAGGAGCAGAGGACUGUGGGAGGACAGCCAUUCUUCCAAGCACCACAAAGAGAGUCUGUCAUUUUUUUCUCAACCGGCAAAACGCUGUUAAGAGCUCCUCGUUUUGACAAGCAGGAGAGCUCAGCCCGUCAAGAGCAACAUGUCCCGGUGCUGCCGGUUCAUGAAGAGGUGUCGUCUGUGUCAACCUGUCAGAUCAACCCUUCUGUUCAGAGUCUGCACAGAGACGUCACUGUUCAGAAGACUUGCUCUCUGAGUCCUGCAGUGGCGAUGCUUCGUAAGCGUCUUCCUCCUCUGGAGGAGCUUCUUAUGGACGAGGAGGUGGCCUCCUACACCACGGUGCCUGUCCUGGCUGCUCCCGGGUUUCUCCCCCCUCGGCCCCGCUGUGGGAACCCGCUGGCCUCCAUCUUGCACCUGGAGGAGUCCUCUAGAUUUGUUCCAAUUGCUUUCGACCUCUCGUCUGACUGUUCCUCUCCACUCAGCUCUCCACUGCAGGAGAGAUGACUUUGCACUACAAGUAGAGUAUUUAUGUUACUGUUGAUAUCCAGAGUGGAUACGGUCACUCUGGUGUACUGAUAACACUUUUUUAAUGGAACUGAUUUUGUUUGUCAAACACUGUUGUUGCCAGCCUUAAUACAAGUCCAAAGAACGCUGCUAGUAUCAUUUUUUUAGAAACCUUUUUGUUUUAUAAAUGUUUUUGGCAGAUCUCAGUAGAUGCCUCAAAAAAAAAAACAAAGGUUAUUUCAUAAUGUAUCUUUUACACUUCAGGCAUUCAUGUUUGCUAAUAAUGUAGAUGCUCACCUAUUAGAAACAAUGCCUACAAUAUGGAUCAAUAACUUAAUGUUGAAAAAAAUAAAAGAUUUGAAAGGUUUUAAAUGAAGACUCCGAACUUUAUCAGUGUUAUAGCUUUAGUAAACUAGAAUGACUUCGAGCACCAGAAUCUUGAAAAUGUUUGUUUGUAAUGUACAGUGUUUAUAAUAAAUGUAUAUAUGUAA